UCAGUGGCUCGGGAGAGAGCGGGCGGCAGGCUGUCUCGCUGCGGAGGGAUUACUCAGGGGCCCCAUGGAGGAGGGUCGCUCCUCGUUGGCCAUGGGGCUGCUGAAAACUUUCGACUCCAGCGAGUUCGUGAGCUGGGAGAAGAUCGGCUCCGGGGGCUUCGGGCAGGUUUACAAAGUCCGCCACAUACACUGGAAAACUUGGCUCGCCAUCAAGUGCUCGCCCAGCCUGCAUGUGGAUGAGAAAGAGCGAAUGGAACUAUUAGAAGAAGCCAAGAAAAUGGAAAUGGCAAAAUUCCGCUACAUUCUUCCAGUUUAUGGCAUCUGUAAGGAGCCCGUGGGCUUGGUCAUGGAAUACAUGGAGACAGGAUCACUGGAAAAGCUCUUGGCCUCAGAACCACUGCCCUGGGAGCUUCGCUUCCGAAUCAUCCACGAGACAGCUGUGGGCAUGAACUUCCUUCAUUGCAUGUCCCCACCUCUGCUCCACCUGGACCUUAAGCCAGCAAACAUACUGCUUGAUGCCCAUUAUCACGUCAAGAUUUCGGACUUUGGAUUAGCCAAGUGCAAUGGCCUUUCUCAUUCUCAUGAUCUCAGCAUGGAUGGACUUUGCGGCACUAUUGCAUACCUGCCUCCAGAACGCAUUAAAGAGAAGAACAGAUACUUUGAUACUAAGCAUGAUGUCUACAGCUUUUCCAUUGUUAUAUGGGGAGUUCUCACACAGAAAAAGCCCUUUUCAGAAGAGAAUAACAUUCUACAUAUUAUGGUGAAAGUAGUUAAUGGCCACCGCCCAGAACUACCAGCGGUUUCCAAAUCCAGACCUCGUGCAUGCAAUAACUUGAUCAAGCUCAUGCAAAAAUGCUGGCAAGAUGACCCUAGCAAGAGGCCAACAUUUCAAGAAAUUACCUCGGAAACAGAAGACCUCUGUGAAAAACCUGAAAAUGAAAAUAAGGAAUUGAUAGUUCAGGAAGAUGCAAAGACUGCUCAGGCUUACCCCAAGGAGAUGUCUGGGCUAUCCCAGCUAAAGCAAGAGUCUGAUCCCACAUCAGCGAAGGAUUACAGCCUCUCAGAGUUGCUGUCCCAGCUGGACUCGGGGAUUUCACAGACAGAAGAGCCUGAAGAGCUCAGCCGUAGUGCUUCUGAAUCCAGGCUUGCUUCCAGCGACAAGAGGCUUUCAGGCGUGUCUUCAGUAGACUCUGCCUUUUCUUCACGAGGUUCCCUGUCGCUCUCGUUUGAGAGAGAGAAUUCUGGAAGUGAUAUUGGCACAAUGGAUAUCCAGAAAAGAAAGCUGGCCGAGGCGAUCACGUCUGGAGACACUGGCAAACUGAUGAAGAUCCUCCAGCCCCAGGACGUUGACCUUGUUUUGGAUGGGAACUGUAGCCUGCUACAUUUGGCUGUUGAAUCGGGUCAAGAAGAAUGUGUCAAGUGGCUCCUUCUCUAUAACGCCAACCCUAACCUGACCAACAAAAGAGGCUCUACUCCUCUCCACGUGGCUAUUGAGAAAAAGAAUAAAAGCAUUGUUGAGCUGCUUCUGGCAAGGAAAAUGAAUGUGAACGCUAAAGAUGAGGACCAGUGGACAGCCCUUCACUUUGCUGCCCAGAACGGGGACGAGCUGAGCACCCGGAUGCUGCUGGAGAAGCAUGCCUUGCUGAACGAAAUAGACUUUGAAGGAAGAGCUCCCAUCCACGUUGCCUGCCAGCACGGCCAAGAGAACAUAGUGCGCAUCUUCCUGAGAAAAGGAGUGAACGUCGACGUCCGAGGGAAGGAUAACUGGGGGCCUUUGCAUUAUGCCGCUUGGCAAGGUCACCUGUCCAUUGUGAAGCUUCUGGCAAAGCAGCCCGGAGUCAAUGUCAAUGCGCAGACGGCGGACGGCAGAACCCCUUUGCACCUGGCGGCCCAGAGGGGCCAUUACAGGGUUGCUCGCAUCCUUGUCGAGCUGCAGUCGGAUGUCAAUAUAAGGAACGUGUUCCUACACACUGCACUCCACGUCGCGGCCGAAACUGGCCACACCAGCACGUCGCGGCUGCUCCUCAACCGCGGCGCGGACAUUGAGGCGGCCACAGUGGAAGGCUGCACCGCCCUCCACCUUGCAGCUCGCAACGGCCACUUGUCGGCGACCAAGCUGUUGGUGGAAGAAGGGGCCCGUCUCCUGGCCAGGGGCCCUUCAGGCAGGACGGCGCUGCACCUUGCUGCCGAAAACGGACAUGUUGAAGUCGUGGAGGAGCUUGCCGAGCCGGAAAAUGUAAAUGACCCUGAUGAGGGAGGGUUGACAGCUCUGCAUCUGGCCGCCAAAGGUGGCCACGUGCACACGGCUGCGGUGCUGUUAAAGCGUGGUGCUAUUCCGGAUCGGCAAAGCCUUGCAUUUCAAACCCCGCUGCAGCUGGCUAAGCAACACGGGAGCUCUGCUGUCAUCCUGCUACUCAGUGAGACAUAGAGAGCUGCCUGUUUAUGUCUUAGCUCGUUCGUCUUUCCAGUGAAACUAUGGGAGCCGAAUAGUAAUGGGGGUUUUCCCGCUUGGACGGCUGCUGUGGCAUGUGUGUCCGCUGAUGUUUUGCAGGCGAGUUCAAGUUCUGCCCAAGCAGAAGCUGCUUGUUGAUGUAGCUACUCAGCCUAAUGAACUGAGCGAGCGUGGGAGCAGGAGACACAGGAAUCCCACACACAGUCUGACACUUACCUGUAAGGUAGUGUUGAGCAAGUCACGUAUGAAGACAUUGUGUUCUUUCCCUGGUACUUCAGCAGUUGACUUGCCCUAAAGAUGCUAGGAGGAACAGUUGAAAAAGAGGAAGAAGACAGGGUUAAGUGAAUGCUUGUCUCUUUCAAUGUAGAGUCAAUAUCUAAUAUUUCAAUUGUUUUUUACAUUCAGACGAUGGGAGAGGCAUCUUGAAUGCCGCUCUAGAAUAUGUUUGGAAUUUAUUUUUCCUCCCGUACUUCCACGGUGCAUGAGUCAAUAUGGAUGCUUUGCAUUAUUGGAAGAAAAGUACAGUAGGGAUAGUUGUCCUUAAGCCAUAUGGAGAGCAAUUACAAUCUCAGUUUCAUAAUCAACAGGAAAUUUUUUAUUUUAAGAAUGUAAGAAAUACCAAUUUCAAAGCCGCACAUUUCUGUGUUCUCGGGUGAUCUGUUUUUCCAUGAUCAUCAUCAUCAACUAGGGCUUGCAAUAAGUACUGUGAGCAUCCAAAUGAUAAUUGAAGAGAGUACUGCAUAGAAAUUAAUUUCUGAGAUAUACCAGCUUUCGUGUGUGUGUGUGUGUGUGUGUGUGUGUGUGUGUGUAUAUAUAUAUAUAGAGAGAGAGAGAGAGAGAGAGAAUAUGCACGAUACUGUAAUUUUCAGUAUGUGAAUGAAGCAAAGCAGAGAGGGUCUGAGUGUGUGCGUGCGUGUAUGUUUGCUAAAGCUGGAAAAUUAGUAAAAAUACAAGAGUAGAUAAAAUGCAAGUCUAAAUUUCUUAAGAGCAGUUUUUAAAUGGUGUACAUUACCGAACCACAUUUAUAGUCCUGCAGUGACUUCUAAACAAAUUUAUUGUGUUUGAUAGACUAAUAUAAAGAUAUACUGUGUAUAUAGUAUUCCAGUCCAUUGUACAACUUUUUUUCUACUACAGAAAAUUGAGACUCUUCAGAUCUGGGUAUGUUUUAAUACACCUUUUAUAAUGUUCAUUAUUUUCAAAAGUUCA